AAAUCGCUUUGCCGUCAGAUAUCGCCCCGGGCAGGACGCACAGAUCGAUUCGCCGUCGGAUACAUCGCUACGGCGCGGCGCAGUACGCAGUCGUUCAGGGCUGCCCCCCCAAAUACCAAUGGUGCUGCCCCUGCGGGUGCCACGCCCCGGCAGCCAGCCAAGGCCCGGCACGCCGCGCGGCGCGCCGGCCCUGCCCGGCGUCGGCAGCGCCUUCCGGCGGCCCUCGCCCAAGGGGGCGCGCCGCAUCGUCGCGGAGGUCGCGGCCGCGCGGGCGGCGUCGCCGACUCCGUUCAAGCCGCAAAAACUGCGCGUCGUGUCGCCGACGGCGCGCGUGGCCUCGCCGCCGCCCAUCCGCGUCACGCCCGUCCGCGAUAUAGGAGCAAAGGUGCGGCCGGUUGGAAGGGUCGUGUCGCCGGAGCCGAUCAAUGGCCGAGUGGCGCCUUGUAAAACGGUGGAGGUCUGGUUCGUGCGCCACGGCGAGACCGUGGCCAACGCGUCGCGCAUCACCCAGGGCCAGCAGCCUGGUAGAUUAACUAGAACGGGAGCGCUCCAGGCGGCGGCUUUGGGCGAGCGCCUCCAGAGGGACCACGACGUUUCUCCAUUCGACGUCGUCCUGUGCUCCGACUUAUUACGGUGCCGCCAGACGUGUCAUUUAGCCACCAAAGGGUUCUGUCACGAACCGAAGGUAGCGCGGACGGACCCGUUGUUGAGAGAAAGAGCCGUCGGUGUGUAUGAAGGUUUGGCCCACGACGCGCCCCGGAAGCCGCGGCCGCCGCACGUGCCUCCUAGAAAACACCGCGUGGAAGGCGGCGAGUCGUGGGACGACGUGAAUCGACGCGCGCGCAAAUUACUUUCAAGGCUCGGCAGCACCUUCGUCGCCACCAAAGAUGAUUCUAGAGACAGAUUACGAGUCCUGUGCGUGACGCACGGCGGCUUCAUCAUGGAGGUCAUAUACCCGCGUCUCGCUAUCUCGGCACCGCGGUCAUCUGAGAGGCCCAAACUCGGACACGACCGCCGAGAGAUACCCUCGACCGAGUAUAGUCAGAAACACCUCGCUCCGACCCCAACAAACCCAAAAUUGAAGCACAACUUGAACUUUGCUGGCCACGCAGGCGAUGAACGCCGCGACUGGAGCCGACGGUUGUACCGUGCCCUUCUGCAGCAACGGCGCCUGGAACACGAGUGUCUGGAAGGUCGAGCUGACGCGGAAUGACAAGGGGAAGCUCUGCUGUAGGGUGGUCGGGGCGAACGACGCGUCCCACUUGGAUUCUGGAUCUCCGCGAGCGGAGUUGGAUCUGAGGGACGACGCGGUCCUGGCCUGUGCGGGCGUUUCCGCUGACAAGUGGUGGGCGGCGGACGAUCCUGUCUCAGCGACGGGCUAGGCCUGUUCUGUUUCUUCGGCGCCGCCGGCGCCCUCCCCGUACCGUUACCGGCACGGGGCACGUUUAACCUUAGGUGAUCAUUGAA